AGCUCGCCAUCAUCACUUGCCUCAGAGUCGAUGGUUCAGGGUGGACGGGUAGUUGCAUGUCCUCGUAGAUCGGGGGCUAGCACCGUUUACCGUGGACAGAAUUUUAUGAAACUCGAUAGUUUGAUAAAGGAUAAGCUUGUUUAUGUCUUCCGUGAAAUUCACGGCGAUACGUUAAUUUUUACAGAUUUUGUGAACCGCUGAAUGAGGGGAUCACGACCGGAGGAACGAACCGACGGUUCGACCCGGUAUCGCCUUUACUCGGUUGGUUCGGUUUGCAGGCCCCACAAAUCCGCUGCAACAAAACUACUCUUUGUGUGCUCCACAUAUUGCCGUCCCGGGCCGCAGCAUGCUCAGGUUCCUCACACAGAAACUCAGACCACUAUCCAUCAACGAGGUGCAGCCGCUAGAAUCUUCGGGAGAACUAGAAGAUCAAGGCUACAGCAGCACGGAUUCAGAGAGUGGCAACGUUGAACUGGAGGGACUAGACAGGGGGAGGCAAUAUGAGGGAAAUGGUACCGACAGGGAAAGCCCCAAGUUGGAGGCGAAAGUGCCGAACCCCCAGCCCUCCCCAAACCAAGAGAACACACAGGCUUGGCCAGGGCCUUCUGCUAUCGGGACAGACUUACUCAGGGAUCGGAAAACAGACGCAGGCGAAUUCAUGUCCGUGGAUCGACACAGCUCAGAGGAAGAGCUUGAGCACAUUAUCAGAGAGAAGGAAAAUAUGGGAGAGAAGAGAAAGUGGUCACAGGUGAACCGAUGGAGUCUCAGCGGAGAUAGCUCAGGGUCUAGUGAUGAUGAAGUCAAGGACUUGAUGUGUGGCAAGGUCUCUUCUCCAGUUGUUUUUACGUCUUCCCCACCCAAGCGGCAUGUACAGAAAGUUUACCCCGCACAGGGCGAGAGGUCCCAGCUCUUCAUCGCCCGGGUGAGAACAGUGGAUGGCUGUGCCAGUCCCAGAAAGAGACAUCGACAAGCCUUCAGCGAAGCGCAAGUUCACGCCAUCACGGACCGGCCUAGUUUGGACUUUGAGAAAAUGCAGCAGCAGAUGCUCAUCAAGAAGCCGUGCACACAUGGAGUCCGCUCAAGAAUAGUCAAGAUUAGGACCAUCUCCAACAGAACGCCUCCAAGAAUCCUGUGUGAUCCUUCUGUCUUCUCCUUUCGGCCUCUGACAACUCUGAACCCACUAACACCAGUGGAGGAGCCAACUCCCACCUGUGCAUUCUAGAUUCUGGAGGGCAUGGAACAAGGUGGCCUGAUGCAUCAUGGUUCCAGGAGCAGUCAUGGUAUUGGGUGUUCUGUCAAUGCUGACAACCAACCGAGAUUUGCCCUCACAAGUCUGAUUCUACUCUGAGAUGUUAAGGGCUGAUGGCAGCAAUAUUCCUGGUCCGUGAAGACGUGUUUGAUCUCAGGUGUUAGUGCUGCCCUUACAUGUACCUGGGGUGUGCUGUGGCAACAGCCUUGUGUUUCAUGGCUGGAACCAACUGUCUGGAUGAGCAAGCCUUUCAGUAGUAACAUUCUUUAAACCUUAUCACAUUUAUACCUGUUUCUUUUUGGAAUUCUUCUUUUUGCUUGGUGGCAGCUAAUUGCGACUGUAGCAUCCUGUCAAUUUCUUUUCUCUCACCCUAACUAUUGAUAAGAAUGUAAAUUAUAAACUCCAUCUUGGCAAUCAUAGCUUAAAUCUACUACAGGAAGGUUUUUCUUUACCAAAACUCUGAUCCAAUAAUGCAAUGUACAUUGACUUGUCUGACAAUGAUGACGUUGGCAGUAGUAGCAUGGACUUUGUUGCUCUUGAUUUUUUCUGUUCAUAAAGAUAUUGUUAACUACUACAGAAAAAAACAUCAUGUUUCAAGUAUUUAAUUUCCAUGAUAGACUUUAUACAAAUACAUGUAAAUGGGAAAUGAUAUUCCUCUUUGUCUGAAGGAUACCUAUGUAGGCUUGCACAAAGACUAGUACAUGUACCUCGAUGUAAGAUUUUUACCACGUUUUUCUAAAGUGUAAAUCAACUUUUGCUAUUCCUCAUGUACCUUGCCUGUGAGAAAAGUGUGUUUGUCAAUUAGUGACACCUUGUGUUUUUUUGUGGAAGAGAAAAUCCCAGUUUGUGACAUGUUUACAUUCCCAAUGUUUUGCGAUCCUUGUGACUCAUCUAUUGUAGAAAGUUGUGUGUUGUCCUCUCUGGUGUAACAUAAUUCUAAUGCUGAGCAUGUUUCUAUGUCUGUUGGUUUGAGUGUACUUGCUUGAUUCAAGUUUCAACUUUGUUAUAAGUAAAAGAAAGAAAUAGGAAGUAUUAUAUGUUUGUGUAACACAUACAAAUCAGAUGUUAUUGUAGAUGGCGUGACUUUGACACAUGUAUGCCUUGAUGAGUACCUAGAUGUCAAUAUUAUACUGUAGUGUCAAAUUGUACUUCCUACAGUUAGUAUGAAAGAUAGAGAGACGAAAAACUGUACAGGAUAUGUCAAAGCUGAGAGGAUGGUGAAAGACUUGUAUAUUUUUAUGGACAGCACAAGGAGAAGGCUUGUAGGCUACCUUUGUAUAUCUCUGACCUAUUCCUGUUCAGUAACAGGAAACCUGCAGCCCCCACUUCUGAGUGGUGCCCUCUCAGCACCAUUGACAUUCACUUAUUGUGGACCUGUCCACUUUAUUGCAUAUGGAGGAACGGGAUCCUUGGGAACAACAAAUCAGAAAAAAAUACCUCAUCAACUCCUCAUGGCUUGUCCUGAUGUACUUAGAGGAGGAAAGACUUUGAUUGCUGCUGUCUGAAUGAAAGGAGGUUUACCUGUGGUCACAUGAUUGUCCUUGUCCACAACAUGCCAUUGCAGACAAACCUACUAAAUUCAGUUUUUGUUAAAUAAUGAGGAGACUUCACACUUUGCCUGGGGAGAGAGCCAUCAAAAUCUAGUUCCUGCCUGUCCUACACUUUCUUACCUUAGAUUACACUGUCCUACACUUUCUGACCUGACAAACAACACCAGUUGACAACAUUCGCAUAAGAAUGGGAAAUUUCUCUGCUGGUUUUUGAAAAGGAUAACCAAUUGCAAGUUCCCCAAUUUUUUUCUUUAUUAUUCAUUUUUGUUUUACCAUAUCAAAUCCAUUAUUUCUUUGCAUGUUAAGUUUGACCUGUCACACAUGUUGAAAGCUGUCGAGGUGUCUCUUUGUCAAAAUUGUUGAUUAACAUGACUUUAUUAAGAGCACCUAAUCAAUUGGCAUUACCUCUCAUGGCUUCUUCCCACAUAAUGUGAAUGGUGGCUUUCUUCUCAUUGUGUCAUUUCUUAGAUGCACAUUCCUUGAAUUUGAACUGCAAAGUUAAAAAGUUCCAUUGUUCAUGUGUAGUAUCAAAUUUUAUACACAAGACAACCACAGGGUUUAUUCUGGAGAACAUAUUACAUUAAACAUUUUAGAUGUAUGCAUUGCCUCAUGCUUAUUAUAGGUUGGACAUACUGGAUUGAGUGACCAUUCAUAACCAUUGCGCACAACAGCCCAACUUAAAUUUCCUGUUCAUUAAUGCAUUUUGACAGAGGAGGCAAAAACAAUAUACUGUUUAAAAUGAGAGUGGCUUUUGUCAUAAUUUCAUUCAUACACUGAUGAACUGAUGGUGAGCCAAGAUGGAACAUACUCCAAAGUCAUGAACUGUUGGCAGUGAAAAAAAAUUUCACAAACAGGUUUAUGUUAUUGAACUAACCAAACAGGAUGUGUGUGUGUGUGUGUUUGGAGGUGUGUUUGUGUAAGAAUGCUGGACAUUGUAAAAUAUGUUCAGUUGGUUUUGUAUUUACUGCAUGAGCCUGUAGAUUCUGAUAUGUUGCACCACUUGAUGAACUAGAUGUCUUAUACUUUUUCACAGUGUUUUUGUACAGAUGAUAGUGUAAAGGAAGUUAUUGAAUGUCACAAUGUUGGUUAGCACAAUUUGUGAUUUGUAAUUAUGUAUUUUCCAUUGUGCUGCCUAAGAAAUAAAGACUGAUUAAGGAGAAGUACAUGUAGGGUACACAGAGUGCUGUGUAUGUGUUCGAGGUUUGGCAGUGCUUACAGGUCUUCUUGAGUUAGUGUUAGCGUGAAGCGAUGAACUGUUUUGUACAUAGGUUAUGAGAGUCAGACAGACAGACAGCAGCAGUAUGUUUGAAAGGCGGGGUGUCAUCAGGAGGGGAGGUUUGAUUUAAAGUAUAUAUAUAUCUAUAUUUCUGAUAACAUUUUAUACCUUAGCUGGUAGUGCGUUGGACUGAUAUUGACCUUCCCACAUCAUUAUUUUUGAAGCGUCAGUUGGCUGUGAUCAA